CUCUCUGGGUGCGGGAAAAAGAUAUUUGUAACAUGUGGUGACGGAUCUUUCCGUGAAGAAAACAGCACUUGCUUUCUUCCAUCAAACUUGCAGACGAAAAUUGGGUGUUACAAAGAGUGGGACUGUGGGAGAAGGCUGAGAACAGAAGCGAGAAAUAGUAGAUGAUGGCACAGUUUACGGCACAGGGACAAGGGCGGUUGAAGCCCCUAGGAGUGGAACCCAAAGACCCAUAUCACUGCUAUAAGUUUGGCGGUGGUUGUUGGCCCAGAUUUCGAAUCCACAGCCCCAAACUCGGAUUUCUUGAUUCUACCAAACUAUACUCGUCAUCUCUCAAUACCAAAUCAAACCAUUUUAGAGCGCAAGCUCGGUUAAAUGUGGGUCAUAAGGGUAUCUACGAUGACGAUGUCCAUGCGGGUGAUGGUGAGUUUGAGAUGGACGAGUUGGCUUGUUUCAGAGGUUUGGUCUUGGAUCUCUCUUACAGGCCUGUCAAUGUUGUUUGCUGGAGGCGUGCUAUUUGUUUGGAGUUCAUGGAGAAGGCUGAUGUUCUAGAAUAUUAUGAUCAGACUGUGAACUCACCCAGCGGAUCCUUCUACAUACCAGCUGUCUUGAGGGUUCCACAUCUACUGCAGGUUGUCAAGAGAAGAAGAAUAAAAAACAACCUUAGUCGUAAAAAUAUAUUUUAUCGGGACAAUUUCACUUGUCAGUAUUGUUCUUCGGGUGAGAACUUGACCGUUGACCAUGUUCUACCAGUUGCACGAGGUGGAGAAUGGAAAUGGGAAAAUCUGGUCACUGCUUGUGCAAAAUGUAACUCAAAAAAGGGCCAAAAAACUUUAGAGGAAUCAAAUAUGAAGCUGAGUAAGGUUCCCAAGGCCCCAAAAGACUAUGACAUACUUGCCAUACCCCUGACAAACACAGCUAUAAGGAUGCUGAGGAUGAGAAAGGGUACGCCCGAAGAGUGGCGUCAAUACCUAUCCAAACCAUCUGCAGAGCCAUGACAUCAAUCCCUGGUGACAUUUGUAUAUUCUUGUGCCUCAUACAUAUCAAUGUUAUUGCUCAUUCUGGUUGCUGAAUGUAGCUAAAAGCGCCCAAAAUUUACAUAUUGCGUAACUGAUACAAGUUUAACCAUUCCUCUCAUGUCCUUCAUGAGUCAAUUGAAUUCCUGUAUAGUGACUCUAAAUUGAUAUAUAGUAACUCUUCCUGUGAUGAUG